CAGUGGUGAACCCACGUGUGUCAGUGAGAGGUUAAUAGUGACUGAUCCGACCGGGGGGCUCGCACUGCACCUCUCAUUUCACCAUGUCCUGGUUAUUUGGUCUUAACAAAGGGCAACAGGGUCCACCCAGCGUACCAGGGUUCCCCGAGCCCCCCAGCCCUCCUGGUGGCAGUGGGGAUGGAGGGGACAAAAACAAACCCAAGGACAAAUGGAGCAACUUUGACCCUACUGGCCUGGAGAGAGCUGCCAAGGCAGCCAGAGAGCUCGACCAGUCUCGCCAUGCCAAGGAAGCUCUUAACCUUGCAAAGGUGCAAGAAGAAACACUGCAAUUGGAACAGCAAUCCAAGAUCAAGGAAUAUGAAGCAGCUGUGGAACAGCUAAAAAACGAGCAAAUCAGAGUGCAGGCAGAAGAAAGGAGGAAAACAUUAAAUGAGGAAACAAAGCAGCAUCAAGCGAGGGCACAGUACCAGGACAAACUUGCCAGGCAGCGCUACGAGGACCAGCUGAGGCAGCAACAAUUACAAAAUGAAGAGAAUUUGCGAAGGCAAGAAGAGUCUGUCCAGAAACAGGAAGCCAUGCGCAAAGCUACUGUGGAACAUGAGAUGGAACUACGGCAUAAGAAUGAGAUGCUUCGCAUUGAGGCAGAGGCUCGCGCUCGGGCAAAAGUGGAACGCGAGAAUGCAGAUAUUAUAAGAGAAAAUAUCCGACUAAAAGCCGCUGAGCAUCGUCAGACAGUUCUAGAAUCUAUCAAGACUGCAGGAACAGUGUUUGGAGAAGGGUUUCGGGCCUUUAUCUCAGACUGGGACAAAGUAACAGCAACUGUUGCCGGACUCUCCCUACUUGCUGUGGGCAUCUACACUGCCAAAAAUGCCACUGGUGUGGCCGGUCGGUACAUUGAAGCCCGCCUUGGAAAACCAUCUUUGGUCAGGGAUACUUCUCGUUUCACAGUGGCAGAAGCAGUAAAGCAUCCAGUUAAGAUCAGCAAGCGGCUCUUAAGCAAGAUACAGGAUGCACUAGAAGGCGUCAUCCUGAGUCCCAAACUGGAGGAGCGGGUGAGAGAUAUUGCAAUUGCCACAAGAAACACGAAGGCAAACAAAGGCCUUUACAGAAACAUACUGAUGUAUGGUCCUCCUGGGACUGGAAAAACACUUUUUGCAAAGAAAUUAGCCAUGCAUUCUGGCAUGGAUUAUGCCAUCAUGACAGGUGGUGAUGUUGCCCCCAUGGGGCGUGAAGGCGUUACUGCAAUGCAUAAAGUUUUUGACUGGGCAGGCACUAGCAAAAGAGGCCUUCUUCUAUUCGUGGAUGAAGCCGAUGCCUUUCUAAGGAAAAGAUCUACAGAGAAGAUCAGUGAAGACCUUAGGGCAACUUUAAAUGCUUUUCUGUACAGAACAGGAGAACAGAGUAACAAGUUUAUGCUUGUACUGGCUAGUAACCAGCCUGAACAGUUUGACUGGGCAAUUAAUGAUCGAAUAGAUGAGAUAGUCCACUUUGACCUUCCUGGUUUGGAGGAGAGAGAGCGUUUAGUCAGACUUUAUUUUGAUAAAUAUGUGUUACAACCAGCAUCAGAAGGCAAGCAGCGUUUAAAAGUUGCGCAGUUUGAUUAUGGCAAAAAGUGUUCCGAUCUUGCCCAACUCACUGAAGGCAUGUCUGGCCGAGAGAUUUCCAAGCUAGGAGUUGCGUGGCAGGCGGCAGCUUACGCCUCUGAAGAUGGCAUUCUGAAUGAAGCCAUGAUUGAUGCUCGCGUGGCCGAUGCGAUACGGCAGCACCAGCAAAAGAUGGAGUGGUUAAAGGCAGAGGGCAAGGAAAAUGCCGCUAAAGAAAGUGGGAAAAACCCCCUGCAGCCACUUCUGGAAGGAACCCCAGUUUGAUAAAGUAUAAAUGAACCUUACAGAAGACCACAGCGGCCAUUUAUCUGCCUCACCCUACUGUCUACAUACAAUGGGUCCAUAAGCUGCUGGUGAUGCAGUAUUCACCUCACUGACUCUACAGAGAGCUGCGUCGCCCACGCGGAACUCUAGGGCAGAGGUUAUAGGCAGCAGGGAUGCAGGCUCGCACACUCAGGAGACGUCCCUUCAUUCUUGCCUUUCU